GACGCAUGCGCAGCCGAGGGCGCGCUGGGCGGGGCUUAGUAGUGGGAAAUCGAGCUUCCCAACAACAGCAGCUCCGGCGGCCCAAAAUGGCGGACCUGGGGAAGAAGUACUGCGUCUACUGCCUGGCCGACGUGACCAACCUGCGCCUCCGCUGCACGGAAUGCCAGGACAUCGAGCUGUGCACCGAGUGCUUCUCGGCGGGCGCGGAGAUCGGCAACCACCGGCGGUGGCACGGCUAUCAGCUGGUGGACGGCGGCCGCUUCACGCUAUGGGGCCCCGAGGCGGAGGGGGGCUGGACGAGCAGGGAAGAGCAGCUGCUGCUCGAUGCCAUCGAACAGUUCGGCUUCGGCAAUUGGGAGGAUAUGGCUGCGCAUGUGGGUGCCAACCGGACUCCCCAGGAAGUGAUGGAACACUAUGUCAGCAUGUAUAUACAUGGAAACCUUGGGAAAGCGUGCAUCCCAGACAGCAUUCCCAACAGAGUAACGGAUCACACCUGUCCCACUGGGGGCCCACUGUCUCCCAGUCUGACAACACCACUGCCUCCCUUAGACAUCACCGUCCAAGAACAGCAGCAGCUGGGGUACAUGCCUCUCCGGGAUGACUACGAAAUUGAGUAUGACCAGGAUGCUGAAACUCUCAUCAGCGGCCUGUCUGUGAACUACGAUGAUGAUGAUGUGGAGGUAGAACUUAAAGAAUGCUGCGUAGACAUGUAUGUGCGGAAAUUAAAGGAGAGGCAGCGGAGGAAGAGCAUAGCUCGGGAAUAUAACUUGGUGCCAGGCUUUUUGGGAAAAGAUAAAAAGGAUAAAGACAAGCCAGCGAAAAGGAAAAUUUCGAAAGAGGAAAAGGAACUGCGGUCAAAACUGCGGCCGCUCUAUCAGUUCAUGUCCAACAAGGAGAUAGAGGACUUCUUUGAGAAUAUGCAUAAGGAGCGAAUGUUGAGGGCUAAGCUUAGAGAACUGCAAAGGUACCGGCGUAAUGGCAUCACCAAGAUGGAGGAGUCUGCCGAGUAUGAAGCGGCUCGUCACAAGCGGGAAAAGAGGAAGGAAAAUAAAAACACUGCAAGCUCCAAGAGGGGCCGUGAAGACGGGAAAGAUGGAGAGUUUGCUGCUAUUGAAAACCUACCUGGCUUCGAGCUUCUAUCGGACAGGGAGAAAGUGCUUUGCAGCUCUCUAAACUUAAGUCCUACUCGUUACUUGACUGUCAAAACAAUUAUCAUUAAGGACCAUCUGCAGAAAAGACAGGGAAUUCCCUCAAAGAGUCGCCUGCCUAGUUACUUAGAUAAAGUCCUAAAGAAAAGGAUUUUAAAUUUCCUUACAGAAAGUGGCUGGAUAUCUCGAGAUGCCUCUUGACAUUCUUUUUUUAAUAAUUAUGGACGCCUAUGUAAUGUAAAUAAGACUUCAUACUCUAUUAAGAGUGAACUUGUAUUAUAUGUGCAGUUUUUUUUUAUUACUAUUGUUAUUAUCGAUAAUAUGAAGAUCUUGUUUUCCUGUAGUGCUUUGAAGGCCUUUUUUUCUGAAAGGAGGAUAAAAACCUUUUGUGUGUUGCGGUUAACAAGGUUUUAAAUUGUAUGACGUGAAAUAUACGUUCUAAAACUUUGGA